UCAUUUACACUUUGAAAUUAAUGUUUAAAUAUAUUUUAAUUAAAUUGCUAAUCAUGUGCGCCAUAGUCGUAGUCUUGUAGUCUUAAGUAAGUAAACAAUCACAAGCGCCAGCUACAUAAAGUGAAUAAUUAGAAAUUUAUUUAAAUGAUAAACCUCCUAUUGUUUAAAAUCUUACAUUAUUAUGGCAAAAAUUUGUUGCAUAUGUGGAAAAAUCGAAUGUUCGUACAAAUGUCCUAUCUGUGAAAGACCUUAUUGUUCCAUAGAUUGCUAUAAGGAACAUAAAGCAAAUGGCUGUCAACCAGUGGUACAAGAAAACAAGGUUACAGAAAACACACAAAAUAGCUUCAAAUAUGAAUUUCCAACAGAGGACACAGUUCCCCUUGAAAAACUAAAUCAGUUACGUCAUAGCGAAGAAGUAAAAGAUUGUUUAAAGAAUCAACAUGUACGAAAUAUAAUGCAUGCCAUUUUAACUGAUAAAUGUCCAACAAAAGUCAUUGCUUUAGCUAUGACUGAGCCCAUAUUUACAGAGCUGGCAGAUGCAUGUUUGAAAGUUAUUGAAUCUUGAGAUAUUUUUUUCCUACAAUAUUGUUUGCUUACUUUGAGCUGUUCGAAAAUCAGCAAAAUUCCAAAUAAAUUCACCAAUAAAAAAUCCUUCGUUUCUCAAUUGAUCGAAGGCUAUAAAAUGUUUAGACAAUACUUCCUUCUGAUAUUCUUCACUCCAUACAUAUUCAGGUAGCUAGAAAAUAAUAAUUAUUUUUAACAAAUGUAGAUUUCGGGUUAGAAAAAUUUUUUUAAUCCAGGUUUUUUUAACUCGCCUCAUGUAAUCCAGGCAUAGUGUCAGCUCCGUAUUCAGCCAUAAGCACAGGCUUAUUAUAUUUUCUAUGCCAUGCUUCAGCCUCUCCUAUAACUCUACUUGUUAUUGCAUCAAGACGGCCUGGAUUAUUAUACCAAGCGUUAUAACGAUUAAAGCUAAUCACGUCAAGAUAUUCGCCUGCUUUAUCUUCCUAUAAAAUAAUCGUCUGAUGUUUAUUAAUACAUAUUUUUUAUUUUAUCAAGCUAAAUAAAAUUUUUAGAAAUAUAUUUAA